GCUUUUGCAACGAUCUUGAGGAUCCCCACGCUUAAGGAGCUGCGUGCAGACCACAAUCAGCUGGGUGAUGCGGGAGCCAAGGUGGCCGCGGCAUGUCUGAACGAUGAGAUUGCAGCACUUGAACUCCUUAGCUUGGCUGACAAUCACAUUGGCAGAGACGGGCUCGAGGCCGUGGCAGAGAUCCAAGGGUGCCAAAACCGUAUUGGGCUCCGCAUUGGCAUGAACGGCGACAGCGGCUAUGUUGGCCGCUCUUUCGCGGAGGUCCUCGCCCAAAACGCGUCUAUCAAGCUGUUGGACCCAGUCGUCGAGCACAUGAUGACCGACGUUAUGCAAGCUAUGCAGGCCGGCAAUGUCCAUGAGGUCUACUUCGACAGCAACAGUUCUACGAAGGCCCGCCUGCCAGCUUCGCGCACGAAAGUCUACAAGGGCUUGGCUACGGCCUUCCAGGGAAUGUCCUCUCUUGAGAUCGUGGAACUCAUCGACCACGUCACCAUCGGGCACUUCGCGGAGGCCGACAAACUCGGAAACCAGCGCAUGCAGGCCUUCGCACCGGCCCUCGCAAGCCACGUGGCCCUGCGGCGCCUGAACCUGCACGGCAACCAUAUUGGGGACGCGGGCGCAAAGGCCCUUGCGAGAGCCCUUGUGGACAAGGUCAAGCUCGAGCUUCUUGACCUGUGUGCCAACAGCAUUGGGGCCAGAGGAAUGCAGGCCCUGUCGCCGGUCCUGGAAAGCUUCACGGUGUUGAAGCACCUCAAUCUCUGCGGCAACCUUUUUGGAAACGCUGGGGCGCAAGCCCUCGCUGGGGCUUUGCAGCAGAAGUUUAUGCUAGAGUUCCUCGACGUUCGCGCCACUGGCCUUGGAGACAGAAGCAUGGAGGCUCUGUCACCGACCCUCGAGAGCCUCAGCGCGUUGAAGCACCUGAACCUGAGCAGCAACAACCUUGAAGACGCUGGCGCAGAGGCCCUUGCAAGCGCCCUCGAGGGAAAGCUUGAGCUGGAGCUCCUGGAUCUUUGCACGAACAGCAUCGGAGACAGCGGCUUGCAGGCAUUGUCGUCAGUCCUCACGAACCUUGAGCGGCUAAAGCAUCUCAACCUCGGAAGCAACUCCUUUGGGAAGCGUGGAGCAGAGGCACUUGCCACUGCCUUCCAACGCAAGCUUGCACUGGAGCUCCUGGACCUUUCCCUGAACAGCAUCGGAGACGGCGGAAUGCAGGCGCUCUCGACGACGAUCGAAGGCAUCAAGGGACUGAAGCACCUCAACCUCCACAGCUGCACCUUCGGAGAUGCCGCCGCAGAGGCUUUGGUGUGUGUUCUGAGGGAGCUGAAGGCCUUGGAAGAGCUGGCAUGCUGGGACAAUGAGCUCAACAACAGCAGCAAGGAGGUACUGAUAGCCGCCUGGAACCCACGGCCGCAGUACAAGCUGCGCCUCUGA